AAGAUUCUAACCCGGAUCUGCACGAGUUGAAUGGGUUUUUGUACUUGGACGCAAUGAUGAAUCACCUAUGUUCUGCCGAGGGUACCAAAGCAAUAAGUACCCAAGCUGUGAUAAUGCUGGAAUACUGCUAAAAGCAGUGUAAAACUAAACUCACUUACUCACUCGUUCCUCAGCGCCAGGCAAGUACCAUCGAGUUAAGUCUUUUGGCAUGACGCCAACAGAAGCGGCGUUUCACUUUCAUUUAUUCGGCUGUAACGGAUUAUUCGCAAAGCCUGUUCAGUCAACAAAUUCAUCAAAAUGACAUCAUGAAAUGCACAAUCCCUAAAACAAUUGAAGAGUGGACAAACAUCAGCCAAUCUGUGCCCCAAGUGUUUACGGAAGUAAAGCACGGCCACCUGCCUCCACGAAGUGUCAGUACCAACACUAAGUUGGGUGCGUGUAACACGUGCUGCACGGACUACACGUUCUGCUCACGUACCAGUUUGUGAUCGGUUACAGUCCGCGGACUAAACGCGCUUUGAUUGGUCGCUGCUCUUACCACUAUUUUGAUAGCUUCACAAACCUUUCACACUUCACUACAACGGACAUGGUGAUAUUCCAGCAGAUUACAGAAUACACAGAUAACGAUGACUGUUCAGUUCGUGGAAUUGGUGGUGAUAUAACCUCUGCCAUGUUUGUGAUAUAUUCUUUUGUGGCAAUUCCCGAUACGUUUGUCACAAAGUGAUAUAAACACAUGAUUUGUUCUUUCAUUAUUAUGGAAUGAAAUUGGCACCGAGUGUGGAUUUCAAAACAACUGUUUUUCACAGAAAAAGAGAUAAAAAUCGAUAAAAAAGAAUUCAACGACCAUAUGAAUCGGGCCGUGGCGUUCGAUAGCGUGUCAAUAUCACGACACAAUCAGUACAUAAAAUCAAUACACGUGCCCAGUGACAGGCGGUGUGUCGGAUCGAGACAAGCAUUGUUCACCCUGUUCAUUGUGGACAACUGUAUGUUCUCAUCGGUCUCAUCAACAGACGUAUCUGGGCGAGUAAUACACAUUUGAACCUGUCGUGAGGAAAACGUCACCAGUUCCACAUUUAAAGUGUUGCCUUGUUGUUUUGACUUUGGCGAGAGUACAUUGCAAGUGGAUGGUGUAAACUUCGUGAAGAAACUGUUGUUUUGGAUGACAGAUAUACGUUGAGUAAGUUGAAGAUUGGUGUGGAUUUCAACAGUAAACUCAGUCAGAGCUCCAUGUACAAGAGUGUUAUCAUUUCAGAUAAAUGCGGAUAAGUGUUAUCAUAAGAGUUCCUUCUGGGUGAGCGUUAUCAACUGAGUUCCUUCUGGACGUUAUCAACUGAGUUCCUUCUGGAUGAGCGUUAUCAACUGAGUUCCUUCUGGGUGAGCGUUAUCAACUGAGUUCCUUCUGGGUGAGCGUUAUCAACUGAGUUCCUUCUGGGUGAGCGUUAUCAACUGAGUUCCUUCUGGGUGAGCGUUAUCAACUGAAUUCCUUCUGGGUGAGCGUUAUCAACUGAGUUCCUUCUGGAUGAGCGUUAUCAACUGUGUUCCUUCUGGAUGAAUGAUAUCACCGAUGUUCAAAGUGAUAUCAUCUUAUGGCAUCUGAACAACAUAUAUCUGUGUUAACUCAGUUUCUUCAUAAAUAACAUUGUAGGACCUGGACAUUGAUAUCAUCAAUCGACAAUUAUUAAGUUCCAUCCCACAAACCCAUUCCCCAUAACUGGACAUAAGCCUCAUCGUGACAUCGUGAGUAAAUAUUUUGUAGUUUGUUUGCCACUAUCCAAGAAUCAAGAAUGAAUUCUACCAACACAACCCCAAAUUCAACCACUAACAUAAUUCUGCCACAAGAAGCCUCAGCGAAACUUAUGUGGCAAAUAUUGUCGCCGAUUCUACUUAUAUUCGGCACGGCCGGUAACAUCCUAUCUAUGAUUGUGUUGACCAGGCAGGCGAUGCGAAAGUCUAGUAUGUCCAUCUACUUGACCUGUCUGGCCGUGGCUGACCUGUUGGCUCUAUAUUCAGGUCUUUUGAGGCAGUGGAUCAUCUACACCUUCAACACCGACAUCCGGGAACUCCACCCGCUGAUCUGCAAGGUCGUCACGUGGAUGCUGUACUUCAGCCUUGACCUUUCUGCUUGGAUUCUUGUUUCCGUGACGGUGGAGCGCGCCGUUUCGGUUUGGCUGCCCCACAAGGUGAAAGUUAUAUGUACCAAAAAGGUUCUUGCAGUAAAUAUUCUGGUGCUUGUCAUCAUUCUCAUGUCGGUGAAUGGACAUUUCCUGUUUGGAAGGGGUCUAAUAGUUUACGAAGGAGUGGUGUACCAAUGCGCAAACCAGUCAAGGGAUUAUGCCAGGUUUUUGGAUUACAUCUUUCCAUGGGUGGACCUGUGUUUCUUCUGCCUGGCGCCCUUAGCAUUUCAUUUAGUCGGUAACGCUCUCAUCAUAACGCGCCUGCUAGCUGGCAUGCGCACCAUUACCCGACUAAACAUGGCGACGACCGAGCAGGCAACAGAAAGACGGCGCCAAGUCUCGUCUAUGACGACCAUGUUGCUGAGCCUCAAUCUGGUCUAUCUCGUCUGCACGCUGCCCAUUUCUAUCUAUCUCAUCUACACGACAUACUGGGAAAAAGACACGUCACCGGAAGCUAAAGCACAGCGCCAACUGAUGUUCGCAUGCGCAAAUCUUCUAAUGUAUUUGAACAACUCUAUGAACUUCGUGACCUACACAAUCAGCGGGAAAAGGUUCCGGUCAGAGCUGAUUUCUCUCUUCAAGCGUAAAAUGUUAAGGUCGGGGUCACUCUUCACCACCUCGACCUCCUCAUCCAGCGUAUCUAGGUCCCGGUAUCGCGGAUCAACUAACACAUUGACAGGUACCAACCUGUAACUGCAUCCUGGUCCAUCUACGUCCACGUUUACAUUGAUCUUGGACUCGAAAAACUCCGACGUUUUCUAUUAUGGAAAAACAAUUCAUAUACUACUUGUGGUUAUGAAGAUUAUUCGUCAAAUUGGGACUGUGGGAUAGCCUAGUGGUUAAAGCGUUCGCUCGUCACGCCAAAGACCAAAGUUCGAUUCCCCACAUGUGUACAAUGUGGGAAGCCCAUUUCUGGUGCCCCCCGUCGUGAUAUCGCUGGAAUAUUGCUAAUAGAGGCGUAAAACUACAAAACCAACUCAGUUCUCGUCAGAAUUUAUGGUCAGUCUUUAAAUGUUUAAUCAUUGGUGGGAGAAGGAGAAAAUAGAUGCAAUAAUUUUAUACUCUUUGCAGCUAAUUGAAAAUUGAGAAAGAAUUGUCCAGCGUUUGAAACACUUAUAACAGUGUUUCGUUAUUCCUCCUGAAAAUUAUAUAACUUUCCUUUCGCA